UUCCUUGACGGCGAGCGACGCAUGCCCAUGUGAUGUGUGUGUGUGUUGUCUGGAGUGUGCAGACGGAGCAGUCCGCGGUCAGGAGCGAGUUCUGUAGCUACACCGGAGACGGAGUCUCCCGCUGAGCUGCUUCGCUCUCUGCUGAGAAAUGAACCAUUAAGCGCGUGUGUAUCGAUGUAGCGUUAGCCGCGCCUGAACUCGCCCGCACCGCAGGUCAAGCAGCACCAUGAAUUCAGCCGGAUGCUGACAGUCACUCGGGCGGCGCCGACGCAGAUGACGGUGCACGGGAGCGGAGCUCGGCGAUAAACCCCCGAACCGCGCAGGAUUAUUGUUAUUAUUUUUUGUUAAAGCGCCCAGGGCGGGCCGGUCCGUGAAGCCACCAUGACCAAGCCCGAGUCGAAGAGGAGCGGCGUGGCCGCGGCCAGCGUCGCCGGGAAGUGCGCCACCGCCGCAUCCGCCGGCGAGCAGGUCAACAGCGGCGCGGACGAGCCGGGCGGCGCGGGUCCGAGCGCGCCGACGAGAGCCAAGGUGAUGAAGCAGCCCUCCAGGGAGAGCCUGCACCGGAGGAACACGGAGUGCGAGGUGUACGACGACGGCACCAACACCUUUUUCUGGCGAGCCCAUACUGUGACCGUGCUGUUCAUUCUGACCUGUGCUCUGGUCUACGUCACCCUGUUGGAAGAGACCCCGCAGGACACGGCCUACAACACCAAAAGGGGUAUUGUGGCCAGCAUCUUGGUGUUCCUCUGUUUUGGAGUGACACAAGCCAAAGAUGGACCCUUCACCAGACCACAUCCAGCUUACUGGCGGUUCUGGCUGUGUGUCACCGUCGUCUACGAGCUGUUCCUCAUCUUCAUCCUAUUCCAGACGGUGCAUGACGGACGACAGUUCAUGAAGUACAUUGACCCCAAAUUGGGGGUACCCCUCCCAGAGCGCGACUAUGGAGGGAACUGCCUCAUUUAUGACCCUGGCAACACCACUGACCCCUUCCACAACAUCUGGGAUAAGAUGGAUGGCUUUGUUCCAGCUCACUUCCUGGGAUGGUAUAUCAAGACUCUGAUGAUCCGGGAUUGGUGGAUGUGUAUGAUAAUCAGUGUCAUGUUUGAAUUCCUGGAAUACAGCCUGGAGCACCAGUUGCCAAACUUCUCAGAGUGCUGGUGGGACCACUGGAUCAUGGACGUGUUGGUGUGUAACAGUCUGGGGAUCUACUGUGGCAUGAAGACCCUGGCCUGGUUGUCGAUGAAGCCCUACCAGUGGCAGGGCCUGUGGAACAUUCCUACAUACAAGGGAAAGAUAAAGCGUAUAGCAUUCCAGUUCACGCCGUACAGUUGGGUGAAGUUUGAGUGGAAACCUGCGUCCAACCUUCGCCGCUGGCUCGCCGUGCUCGGCAUCAUCUUUACGUUCCUCCUGGCAGAGCUGAACACCUUCUACCUGAAGUGUGUGCUGUGGAUGCCUCCUGAACACUACCUGGUGCUGCUCCGCCUGGUCUUCUUCGUCAACGUGGGGGGCGUGGCCAUGAGGGAGAUCUAUGACUUCAUGGAUGACCCGAGGUUCUACAAGAAGCUUGGCCAGCAGGCGUGGCUGGUGGCAGCCAUCACGGUGACCGAGUUCCUCAUCGUGGUCAAGUACGAUCCCAACACAAUCAUGCUGCCCAUCCCCUUCUUCAUCAUGCAGUGCUGGUUCAUAGGGAUCCUCCUCAUCUUCAUCUGGACCCUCUGGCGGUUCUUCAUCCGUGACAUCACGCUCCGCUACAAAGAGACCCGUCGACGCAAACAGGAAGCGCCCGCUGACUGGGACCGCCCCCUGGGCAACGGCAGCACGACCGCCCCGUCCGGGCGCAGCAAACUGAACGGCAGCUCCGAGACACUGCGGCAGAGGAAGUCCUGAGAGCGAGGGGGAGGGGGUAUCGCGGGUUCAGCUUCUGAAGGAGAACGGACAAGGUUUGAUAGGAAAAAAAAUAAAAUAAGACUGAAGGAGAAUCGUGAGAGAGAGACGCAUGUAGAGACGAACAGAUGGACACUGCUUCACCGUGUAGACUGUUUCUGUGCCUACAUGAACCAAGUAGUCACUCAAACAGAGGAGAGGGUGGACGGGGGCGUUUUCAUUGGGUGCAUUGUCUAGUUAUUGUCAUACUACAGGGAUUUACCUCAUUCUAUUUUUUUUAAAUAGCAUUUGCGCAAUUACAUACACAUGACAUGUUUGUUAUUUGUACAUGUGAAUAAUGGGGGGGGGGGUUAAAGCUAAAUCAAAGAGACGUAGAGGAAGGAGAGAUAUAGUUGACCGGCGAAAUAAACGGAGCUCCCAUUUUCUCAGCAGAUGAGAAAAAGGUCGCCGGUGCAGUUUCUGUCGAUGUAAUGACUGAUCUGGAUUCCACUCAUGGUCCACUGCUAUGCAGUCCUCAUUAUCUAUAAGAGUCUGGCCACCACAUUGCCAAGCAGCAGUUGAAACUGAGCUUGGUUAAUAAUGACACCUUUCUGACACGGUCAGUUAACAGGUCAAAGUUCUCUUUUCUUAGGUUUGGUCCCAGUUUUCUUUUUUAAUUCAUCGUUUACAUGUGGGAGAAAUUAUUUUCUUUUUAUUUCUUUUCACAGAGGGGUGAAUCGGCCUAAGCCGUCCCCUCCUCCCUCGCUUUGUUGUUGAAAAGAACAACACAAAAAACUAAAAAUGAAGAUGUACCAUAUUCUACGUAUUUAACUUCUGAUACUUCACAUGGUAUAUGAGAUAUAGUUUGGGUAUUUGUUUCUGUUAUGUCAUUACUGUUAUUUCUUUAGGGUAAAUCGAUUGUGAACACUAGAUUGUGCUCAAGGUCUUUUUUUUUUUUGUUGGCACUGAGAAAUCCGCAGCACCGACGGACAGAUCCACGACAAUCACACCGACGGACGGCUGAGCUCAGUGUCCCUCCGAUGGAGACAUGAAUGGCAGGACUGUAGUUGAGGAAUGAGUGUGACUUCGGAAUUCUUUUUUUUUUUAACGCCAAAUGUUUUUUUCAGUUCCUCAAUUCUUGAAUUCAUUAAAGAUUUCAUGUUCUGCCACGCCUGCUACCUGAAAAGGAUGAAAACCAACCUAAUAUUGAGGAAUGAAGGUUCAAUGUGGAUUUUCUUGUGUUGAGGUGUGGGAAGAGAACCAACCUUCCCAGCUCUCUGUGUGCGUGCUUGCGUGUGCGUUUGCCAUAUUAUACAUGCAAUUAGCCAAAGCUUUGAUCUUAUUCUUGCUAAAGCCAUAAAUGCCAAGCCCGAUACACUUGAGCAGCUCAAACUUCUGUUAAACCUCUUUUAAAUUCCAUUUUCGAUUUCAAGCAGAGCAGAAUUUCAAAGCCAUUGGGGUCAGUCACUUCCGCUCACCGUUCUAUGUUCCGAACACAACCUGACACCUGGAGGUCGCACUGUGGAAACCAAGUUCACUUGGACCAUGAAGGUAUGUGUCAGAGAGCCGAAGUUCCCCCAACGCCCUCGUUUCUGUCGCACUGCUCGUCCCUGAUGCUCGAUUUCCUCGUCCGUUCCAAAGUUGGUCAAUGCAGGAGCUUAAACCUUUAGUCGAUUAAUCGCCCAACGUUGAUCAACAGAAAAUGAACCUGCAGCUUAUGUCGUUAUCAGUGUAUAGCCAAAUCAUUCUCUGGCAGCAGCUUCUGUGUUGAAUCUAUUAGUCAAGAAGAUAAUCGGCAGAUUCAACAGUUAAUAAGAAUAGUGCUUAGUCGCAGUCUUAAAAUAAUAAUCAAGACUUUUCAUUGUGAUGCAACUAAAUAAGCUUUACAUUAAAAAUAAACAAAUAAUCCAAAUUCAGUCCAGCCUUGUUGGAACUCGACGUUUCCAACAAAAGCUUUAUAGUCUCUUCAGGUCUCGUCGCUGUGUGAGAACCAGUUGUGAACUUCUGUGCGUCACUCAUUGUGUGCAAGUGGAAACGUGCAACGUAGUUGAUAAAAAGUAGACAACAUCCGUGACUCUCGCUCCAAAAUUGUCCUGUAUAAAGAUACUUCUAGUCGUUUUCUUGUGAAUGUAUGUCCAGCGGACUCUGCCGUUCAAAUGAGAGGGUCGCUCUUCAGCUAUCAGUUUAUUUUACCACAAAACACCAAGAUGAACUUUGUCAUUUAUGCAAAAGCUCACGAUCAGGCGUACCUAGACUGCAACUGUUUGCAUAUGUCACCCUCUCCUUUGAAUACAAGAGACUGGUUUGCACAUUUAAAACCUCUCGCUGAUUUGUAAAACUGUGUGCUCAUUAUUCUGUGCUGUCUUGAUUCAGUCGCUUGAGGAACUUAUUAGAAGUUCAGAAAGUGUUGUUUUUCUUUCUUCUCUGCUUUCCUUAUAUGAAAGUGUUACAGACGAGCUUCACCCUGUCCCUUUGUUCGCGUUUUAGAUUGGUUGAAAGUGCAUACAUUUGCACAUCAUCAGCUCUGAAAUCACUAAACAGUGAAGUCAGGGACUGAACUCUUAACUGAAUGGAAUUCAAAUAAAUGAAAACAAAGGGGACCUGUUCCUUAGUGUGUUAAAGCUGGUGUGUAGUUUCGCUCGCAGACACCAGGCGGCGGUGUAGGACCUGUUGAUGUGUGUCUACUGCUGAGUGACCUGUGUUCUUGUCUCCCCGGCAAUAACCUUUGGCAACUUGCAGCUAAAGCCAUUAUUUUCCAACCUGGGUUUGUGUAACUGUGAACAUGUCAACGAUCAUAAAAACUGAAAUAUGCUGCUGCACCACAUCCUUUUAUAAUGUUUUCAAUAAAACCAAAUGAAAACCUG